AUGUGGUCGCUUCAAGCUAUACCGUUGCUCUUUGGAGCUGCACUAGCUCUAUCGUCGGCUGAAUGGCGAUCGCAGUCUAUCUACCAGGUUGUUACAGAUCGUUUCGCGAGAUCAGAUGGCUCAACUUCAGCGCCGUGUAAUUGGGGCAGCUACUGCGGCGGGAAUUGGCAGGGAAUCAUCAGCAGGCUCGACUAUAUACAAGGAAUGGGCUUCACAGCAGUCUGGAUCUCACCGGUGGUCAAGAACAUCGCAUCGACACCUUACGGCGACCCAUAUCAUGGCUACUGGGCAUCCGAUCUAUACUCCUUGAACCCGGCGUUCGGCACAGCAGAUGAUCUCAAAGCUCUGGCGGCAGCUUUGCAUGCGAGGGGAAUGUAUCUCAUGGUGGAUGUAGUUGCCAACCACAUGGCGUUCAACGGAGCUCCAGAAAGGAUCGAUUAUAGCACCAUCGUGCCUUUCAACAGCCAGUCUCAGUAUCACCCAUACUGCGCCAUCGAUUGGAGCAACAAGACCAGUGUCCAAUAUUGUUGGGCGGGCGAUAAGAUCGUCUCGCUGCCAGACCUCAGGACAGAGGAUCAGGCAGUGCAGGAGACUCUUAAUACUUGGAUCAAGCAACUGGUGUCCAACUACAGCAUCGAUGGACUGCGACUGGACAGCGCCAUGUCUGUCAACCCGAGCUUUUGGCCCACCUUCGUGGCAUCAUCUGGCGUAUAUGCAGUGGGGGAAGUGCUCGAUGGAAACCCGACCACGAUGUGUGCAUGGCAAGGCUAUAUGCCUGGUACAAUCAACUACGCCGCAUACUAUUGGAUCGUGCGAGCUUUCCAGUCCACCACGGCCACCAUGAGUGAGCUUGCGAACAACAUACAAUGGCAGAACUACACAUGUAAGGACACAACCCUACUCGGCAACUUCAUCGAGAAUCAUGACAACCCACGAUUUCCGUCCAUAACACAAGACCCCGUCCUGCUGGUCAAUGCGCUUUCUUUUGCCAUGCUGAACGAUGGCAUCCCCAUCAUAUACUACGGCCAAGAGCAAGGUUUCGACGGCAAGACAGAUCCUUACAACCGCGAGCCGCUGUGGCCAUCGAACUACAACACGGGCACGUCACAGUACACUUACAUCAAGAGUCUGAACGCAGCCCGCCACCUCGCACAAGCCAAAGACAUCGGCUACGCCACAUCGAAAUCAACUGUCGUAUACUCCGACACAAAAACCCUCGCCACCCUCAAAGGCAGCAUCAAAGGUGCCGGCCUCCUAUCAAUCUUCAGCAACCUCGGCGCAUCCGCCGAUAGCAAAUCCGUCACCAUUAAAGGCGGCUCCACCGGCUUCGCAGCGAACACUCAAUUCACCGACCUCCUCAGCUGCAAAGUCUUCACAACAGACGGAAAUGGAGACCUCGCUGUCACCAUCUCCAGCGGUCUGCCACGUACGUUGUACCGCACGAGCGCGUUAGCAGGCAGCGAUCCCUGCGUCAGCUCCAAUGUAAGAACAUCAAUAAACGCAGCACAGAUUCUAGCAGCGACUACAAGCAGACUUACCACUUCCACAGGCUCGACGCUCAGUACAGCUACUAGUAGUCUCUUAGCCGCGACAUCGACAUCUACAACAGAACCGAAGGCAUCAGCAGCGGCAGCGGGAUCACCACAACCAAUCUGCAACAUCGCCGUCACCUUCAACGCCAGCGUUCCCUCUUGGGCGCUGACCAUCAGAGUCGUCGGCUCCAUCCCACAACUAGGGAGCUGGAGUCCUGCACAGGGUGUUACGUUAACGUCGUCAGGUUCAACGACGUCUGGGGCGGUGAGGAGUGCGAUUGUAAAUAUUCCAGCGGGCACGACUUUCCAGUAUAAAUUUGUUAGUGUGGGCUCGGAUGGGUAUGUUACGUGGGAGAAGGAUCCUAAUCGGAGUUUUGCGGUGACGAGUGAUUGUGGGAGGAGUACGGCGGUUGUUAGUGGGAGUUGGCAAAGUUAG